AUGGGUCCCACACCCUUCCUUCUCGCCCCUCUGGUUGGCGAGUACACAGUAGGCGCACAGAAAUGGCGCCCACCUCUAUGCCGCUGCAGGGGAAGGCCGCGUUGCGCACCCCCGCUGGGGCACUCCGCGGAUGGAUGCAGCCCCAGCGACUCCAGUUGCACUCGAAGCUUUCCAGUGGGAGGCGUGGGUGUGCUCAGCAGCUGGGCAGAGGCUACUCGCCAGGCUUUGCGGGUGGGGGAGGGGCCGGCCGGGCCGCCCAAUUGGGACCGGCCCACCCGCGCGGGCCCCAGCCCCCACGCAGAGCUCUGCGGGGCUGCGCCAGAGGGGCGGGGCCUGGGUUUCGGUUUCUUGCAAACUCCGCGGCCAGAGGGAAACCGAGGAGUUUCCGGGAACCGCGCCGGGAACGCUGAGGUUCGCGCGGCGGCGUGGGGCGGGGGACGGGCGCCCGUCCAGUAUCGCGGGUCAGUAGCCCUCUGGAAGUUCCAAGAGGAGCUGGGGAAAACCGGCCCAGGAAAAGCCCCACCUGAAUGCACCUGCCCUAGCCCCCACCCAGGCUUCAUGCCCAGCACAGAGACCAACGCAGGGCUUGAACUCAAGACCCUGAGAUCAAGACCUGCCCUGAGAUCAAGACCUGAGCUGAGAUCAACAGUCAGAUGCUCAACAGAUUGAGCUAUCCAGACGCCCCUCAAGUUAAUUUUUUUUUAAUUUUUUUAACAUUUAUUUAUUUUUGAGACAGAGAGAGAGAGAGCAUGAACGGGGUGGGUCAGAGACAGAGGGAGACACAGAAUCCGAAACAGGCUCCAGGCUCUGAGCUGUCAGCACAGAGCCCGAUGCGGGGCUCAAACUCACUGGCCGCGAGAUCGUGACCUGAGCUGAAGUCGGAUACCCAGCCGACUGAGCCACCCAGGCGGCCCACAAGUUAAUUUUUUUAAACCAAACUGCAUGUGAGAUCAUGUUGGGUACUUUGUGCUAAGAUCACAGUGGAAUAUAGUCAAUAAUGUACUAGGGUUGUAUGGCAACAGAUGGUAGCUACACUUGUGGUGAGCAUAGCAUAUAGUAUAAAUUUGUUGAAUCACUAUGUUGUACACCUGAACUAAUGUAACAGUGUAUUAGCAAUACUUCAAAAAAAAAAAAAAAAGAUCACAGCAGGAGACAUAUAAAGUCUGGUAAUUUUAUUGCUGUUAAUUCCUGGUAAUUUCAUUGCCAAUCAUUGCUAAUUUCCUAUGUUACUUUGAGUCAUAAAAUUUUCCUUUAAAAGUGGCAGUGGGGCACCUGGCUGACUCAGUCAGUAGAGCAUGUGACCCUUGAUCUCACUGAAUUGUGAAUUUGAACCCCAUGUGUGGUGUAGAGAUUGCUUAAAAAUAAAAAAUAUUUUUAAAAAAUAAAAAAUAAAUAAAAGUGGGGUAAUUACAUGUUGGGGCUUUACUUUUAUUGCUGCCUGAAAAAAAAGAUCUUCAUCACUUGAAACUUACAGAGUGAUAAGUAAAAUAAGAUACAGGUUUGCUUUUUUCUUCCUACUGAUAUUCAAAUAUCCAAGCAAUGCAAAUGGUGGUAGUGGGGAAAAAAAUGGUCUUGGUGGUUACACAACUAUUUACUUUUUUCAAAAGCCAUAAACUGUACUCUGGAAAAGGAAGAAUUUUAGUGUAUGUAAAUUUUGCUUAAAUAAACUGACUGUAAAAAUA